AUGGAGCAUAGGAAUAAUGUCACCGUGUUUAUCCUCUUGGGCCUUUCUCCAAACAAGAACAUUGAAAUUCUCUGCUUUGUAUUAUUCUUAUUUUGUUACAUUGCUAUUUGGAUAGGAAACUUGAUUAUAAUGCUUUCUAUCACAUGCAGUCAUCUAUUGAACCAACCCAUGUAUUUCCUCCUAAAUUCCCUCUCUCUCUCUGACCUUUGCUACACAUCUACAGUGACACCUAAACUAAUGACUGAUCUCCUGGCUGAGAAGAAGACCAUUUCCUAUAAUAAUUGCAUGGCACAACUUUUUAUCAUACACUUCCUUGGUGGUAUUGAGAUCUUCAUCCUCACAGGGAUGGCCUAUGACCGCUACGUGGCCAUCUGCAAGCCCCUGCACUACACCAUCAUCAUGAGCAGGCAGAAGUGUCACACAAUUGUCAUAGCUUGUUGUACGGGGGGAUUUCUACACUCGGCCACUCAAUUUCUUCUCACCAUCUUCUUACCCUUCUGUGGGCCGAAUGAGAUAGACCACUACUUCUGUGAUGUGUAUCCUUUGCUGAAACUGGCUUGCAUCAAUACGUACAGAAUUGGUUUAUUGGUAAUUGCCAAUUCAGGCCUGCUUGCUUUGAUAACUUUCAUAAUUUUGAUGGUGUCUUAUGUUCUGAUAUUAUAUACCCUUAGGGUUUAUCCUGCUGAAAGCCGCAGGAAAGCACUUUCUACCUGCAGUUCGCACAUAAUGGUUGUGGUUCUGUUCUUUGUGCCCGUCCUCUUCAUUUACAUUAGGCCGGCUGUAACUUUUCCAGAAGAUAAAGUGUUUGCGCUUUUCUACACCAUUGUUGCUCCCAUGUUCAACCCUCUGAUCUACACACUGAGAAAUAUGGAGAUGCAGAAUGCCAUGAGGAAGAUAUGGUAUCAUCAGUUGUUUGGGGGAGGAAGGUAG